AUGGAAACCCUUCCGCUCAACCAUCCGCUAAAGCCCUCCGAGCGCUGGAUAACCUACGUUUUCUUUCUGAAUAAGUUGCUCGAUCUGCUGGAUACCGUGUUCUUCGUUUUGCGAAAGAGCUUCAAGCAGAUAACCAUACUACAUAUAUACCAUCAUGUCAUCAUGUUCUAUGGCAUGUACUGGGUAUUGAGAAUAUACGGAACGGGCGGUCAAUACGCCAUGAUGGGAUUUUUAAACUCCUUCGUGCAUACAGUGAUGUACUCCUACUACUUUAUAUCGGCUCUUUAUCCCGAACUAAAGGGCAGUCUCUGGUGGAAGAAGUACAUAACUCGGCUACAAUUGUUACAAUUUAUUUUGCUAUUCUUCCAAGCAGCAUUUGUGCUCAUAUUCAAUCCGACUUGUGGAUUUCCAACUCUACUGCAUUAUAUGCAGCUGGCGGUAGCUAUAACUUUUACUGCCAUGUUCAGCAACUUUUACUAUCAUGCUUACAUCAAGCCCAAACAAGUAAAAGAGCAGUGA